AUGGCUCCGCGAGAAAUAGUCUUUGCCCCAGAACCUGCUCCCCGAGCUGCUAGACUGUCAGACAAAGCAGUGGACGAGCACGAAGAGCUGAUUGGCGAUCUAUACUGGACCCAAAAUUGGACUCGCGACCAAGUAAUCAACUACCUACAAACAAAUCUGAGUUUCACCAUAUCAUCAGUUCUCAAAGCAACGAGACGUUGGGGUUUCAACAAGCAGCCCCGAGGAGGCCGCUCUAUCCAACGAUCGCCGAAUGAGACGGCCAGCCAAAGCACGCCUAGCGAAGCUGCCAGUAACGAGCCAUCCUGUACGACCACCGUGGAUGGCUCUACGGACCAAGGGCUCAUACUUACAAAUGAGUCAAGCAAACGUCCAAGAAGUGGCGCAAGCUCCAGCAGUCGCAGGAGUGAUAUCACAGCCCAUGGGACAUCUUCACCUCUUCCUCGCCGCCUACUGAAGCGACCGAAACCCAGAAGCGAGUCAGGCGACAACACUGCAGAAAGCCCAUCCUACGCGCAACUGAAUUUCGCUACUGACAGCGACUUCACGUUUACCCCAUCGGCCAUAGAAUCGAGUCCACGCUGCCCGUAUAUAUCUCGAUUCCUUGUCAAUACAAAGCGCCUUCGGCCAAACAGUGACGCGCCAGGAUGCUCGACAUGGCAAGGACUGCCAAAAAAACGAAGAACCUGUGAGAUCGUGAGGGUGAUGAUGGAGUCUGAGCUCAAGAUGAACAAUGAUCGUCUGAUUGGAGAGGAACCUAACCCUUGCCCGUCCAAUGAGGAUGAGAUGUGUCCCAUGCAAUCCUUCCUAUCCCAUCGCCACCUUGCGCAGAUCUAUGCGCAUACAAGCGGAGAUACCAGUCUAGUACAGAAACAUCUUGAUAAAGCCAGAGACUUUACAAAGGCUUUCGACCCACUUGGUACAGAAUCGAUAGACCUUUGGACAUUGCUCCGUCUUCAAGGAAAGAAAGAUGACGAUAUUCCAGAGAGCUUGUUGAAUUCACUCCAAUGGGAUAAAGAAUUGUUCGCAUCGGAUAUGGAGCGUUGUCUUGCCAACUGUUGGCGCACGCUGAGUGGUCUCCAGCCCUCCCCAGGCUAUAUAAAGAGAAACUCAAGGGGAUGA